ACAUACCGUGAAACAACAUUGCUAUUUGAUGAGAUGCACUCUGCAGCUGCCAAUAAGCAACGGGUUGCAGUUGUUGUAGCUCAUGAAUUAGCUCAUCAAUGGUUUGGAAAUUUUGUCACAAUGGAAUGGUGGACACAUAUGUGGCUUAAUGAGGGCUUUGCGACUUGGGUGUCUUACUUAGCUGCAGAUCAGUUCUUUCCUGAAUGGAAUGUUUGGACUCAGUUUCUAGAGGAAUCUACAAUAGGUUUCAAGUUGGAUGCUCUUGCAGGUUCACAUCCAAUUGAGACAGCAAGCUUGCCAAACAUUCAGGAGGAGAGUUCUAGCUCUGGUCAAAAGCAUGGAUUUAGUUGUCAAAAGAGUCCCUUGGCAGUACUUAUAACUAAAACUGUGUAUAAAAGGAAUUAGAGGAAAAUGUGAAGGAGAAACUCUCCCAUUUUUGCCA